UAGGGGUCAGCUCGGGUUAGGACACAACACACCCAUUCAUACACCACAACGAGUGCCACAAUUAUGCCAUCAAAAUAUACAUCAGUUUAUGAAUGGAGAAGACUUUGCAUUGGCUGUCAAUACCGAUAAUAAUGUGAUAUUCAGUGUUGGUCGCAAUAAUAAGGGACAAUUGGGACAGAAUGUGAAAAGAGACUGGGAUCUGCGGAAAGAGUCAUACAAUUGUGUUAACCUCAGAUGGACAGAAACUCACGAUAAGAUGAAUAAUUCAAUAUCAUUUGAAAAGUCAUUUGAUGUAAUAAAUAAGCUUGGUGAGGGUGGCUAUGCACAGGAUUGACAGACAAAGAGAAACAAAAUGUUUUGAAUGAAACGCAAAGUCUUGUGAAACUUCGGU